AGAUUUUAAUACAUGGGCGUAAGAGUCACAUAUCGUAGAAGAACCAGCUAUAACACAAGAUCAAAUAAGAUCAGAAAGGUCAAGACUCCAGGUAUUUAAAUCCAUAUCUACUCAAGGUGGCAAUGUUGUGGCUUAAUAUCCCAAUAAAAAGACUAGUGCAUCAACAUGUGCAGAUUCUAAUUUGAGUGUUGUCUUGAAUGGUCUCAAAAGAAUCAGACCAACCAAACUCAAAUAACUUGCUAGAAGAUAAAGAACAGUCUCAAGACCAUAUGGAGGUGUCCUCAGUGCUGGAGCAUUAAAAAAUCGCAUCAUCAGAGCAUUCCUUGUUGAAGAGGUCAAGAUCGUAAAAUAAAUCAAAAAGUGAUUAAUAAUACAUUAAAAUUUAUCUAUGAGGUGACAUAGUUGCAUUCAAAUC